AUGGAAGAACAUUCCUUUCGAAGGUGUCCUAACUUAAUUUCAGUUGACCUCAGCUGCACAUUAAUUACAAAAAUUUCAUAUUGUUUGUUUGCAAGGUGCAAUAAAUUAACCACAAUAAUUAUGCCUCCUUUUAUCACAAGUAUUAGUGAGUUAUCUUUUACAGAAACAAACUUGGAUGAAUUAGUUAUCCCUGCAGGCGUAUCAUCAGUUGAAAAAAACGCAUUUAAUAAUUGUUCAAUUACUAAUAUAUAUUAUUGUGGUGUUAAUACAAUUAACUCUGCAAUAUCGACCGAAAAUGAAGUGUCAAUAAUUGUUUCACGUUUAUACCCUUCAUCAUCAUCGACAUUUCUUGGAUUUAACAUUGUAAACCGAAAAUAUGAAUGCUCUGUUACACCUUGUAUUUUAAUGACAGAUCAACUCUUUAUGAAAUGCCCAUCAGAAUAUCAAUUUAGAAUGUAUUUUUCAGCAUUAUUAUAUUUAGUUACAUUCAUUAUAAAUAAAUAA